AUGAACAUCAACAUUGACACGAGCGCCGAGUACGGAACAGAUCUAAUCAUGUCUUCACGCGUGAAUGCAAUCGAUCCACAGUCCGACAGUUCUCUGAUGCAGCUGCCGCAGGAAUUGCGAGACUGCAUCUACGGCUAUGUCUUCUCGACCACCCGCUUCUGCUUCGGCGAGCGUGCUGUUGGCCGCAUCGAUAUCGAUACUCGCCGGGUCGUAUCUGCGAACAGGGGAAAGUCCCUCGCUCUGCUGCGAGUCUGCAAGCGAAUGCACUCAGAGAUUGGCACCAGCUGGUUGUCUCAAGCCCUCUUUCACUUCGAAGAUCCGACCGCAUUGUUGGACAAGCUAGCUUCUGUAGACGACCACACCCGCAGCCAUAUUCGACAUCUUCGAGUCUCUGGGGACCCUCUCAAAGUGACAUGGGGCUAUGAUUGUGUUCAUUGGCGCACAUCACAAGCGCUCAAAUUGCUUCCCGGCCUCAACCUCACAAGACUCACUGUUCUGGGAAACAAAUACGCCAGGACUAGCUAUGAGACACUCGAUUCGCUGAUCAAAUACAGCAGCGGCUGGAAAGAACUCUACUAUCUGACACACAACUCGGCGCCGCUGGGCUUCCGAGCUGUCUUUGAUGCCCAGUCCAAUCCGCGCAUGCCCCAGCCGGAUACCUGGCAGCAGGCUAUCAAAGCUCGUGAUGGUGAAGGUUCCUCUGUCACACUUUACCGCAGUAAGAGCCCCACGAGAGGAUCUGUGCUCGACCCUGCCAAGCGUACCGUUUUGCGUCAGCAUUUACGUCCUGGACAGACUGCUGCAACGUAUGGCAACACGAAAGACCAGAGUCUGAUGGUGCCCGGUGAGCGUGAAAAAGAGCUGCUGGUCGUUGUCGAGCGUGGCAGUGGCAUCGAUUGCGCCGAGAAGAAUCCAGCAUCCUAUCUACCUUUUGGUGAUCCUCGCAUAUUCUCUCCAGCUCGGACAUGGUCUGAAGUCAAGGAAUUGUCGCGAGAGAUGAGAACUCUAGAGAGCUGCGGUGAUGCGUCUGAUGAUGACAGUGAAGACGAAGAUGAUUGCUUACUGGACAUCUAUGAUCAUGUUGACGAUUACACCUGGCCUCCUUUCCACUUCGUGAGGUGA